AUGCCGCCCCCGUCGUCGGCACAGCAAAAAGUCCUGACUGCCCAGUUUGUGAAUCUAACUGGCGCUACAGAGCGGCAAGCUACCAAGUAUUUGAAAUCGACUGGCUACAAGAUCAAUGAGGCCGUUGAUGCAUUUUAUUCUUCCGGAAAUGAGGUGAAGGGCCCAUCACCGGUCGAGUCUAAGCUCGAUGCUCUUUUCGACACAUUACGAGAUGACAAGAACGAUGAAAAGGACAAGAUGGAGCUCGAAUCUACCAUGGAUUAUUUGGGCAGCAAAUUGAACGUCAGUCUAGAGAACGCAGAAUUAUUUGUCGUUUUGGAAAUAGUUCAAGCACCCAGCGUGGGAGAAAUUACACGUCAGGGAUACGUCGAGGGAUGGAAGAAAGCAAAUGCGGGCACGACACAUCAGGAGCACUCUCGCUAUGUUCAGCGCCUUCUUUCUACUUUAUCAAAGAAUCCCGCAGUCUUCAAAAAGGUAUACCGCUAUACCUUCGUGGCUGGCCGCGAGGGAGAUCAAAAAUCCCUUAGUUUGGAGAAUGCUCUCAUUUAUUGGGGCAUGCUAUUUUCGCCUCCUGGUAUGGCCUGGAAGACGGAAAACCAUGACUGGUUGGACCUGUGGAAGACGUUUCUUAAUGAGAAAUGGACUCGAUCCGUCAACAAGGACAUGUGGAACAUGGUGUUGGAGUUUGCCGUCAAGACCCUGGCGGACGACAGCUUAUCGUUCUGGAGCGAGGAUGGCGCAUGGCCAAGUGUAAUCGAUGAUUUUGUCGAAUGGUGUCUCAAGAAGGGUAUUGGGAAGUCGGAGACCAUGGACGUCGAUGCCGCAUAG